UAGUCCAAAUUCGAAAUUACGCGCUCGCUGCCAAAUUGCAGCAAAUGAAACUUUGCAAAGAUAACCGAUAUAAUUGAAGGUUAGAAGGAGAUGUUUAAUCAUUACGCGCAAUAUUAAAAUGUUAGCGGUCAUCACACGAAAUCAACAAUGUCUCUGAGUGCGCUUCUUCGGCGAACGAGCUCAAGUGUUCGUCAGCUGUGCACGGCCGCCUAUAAACCGCUCGAAAAUGUCAAAGCAGAGCUGUUCAUUACCGAACAGUGCGCGCAACGCUUGAACACCAUCACAAAAGAAGGCAAUGAAUUCCUGAGGGUUGCUGUGGAAGGUGGUGGAUGUUCUGGCUUCACAUACAAAUUCGACCUGGACAAGAAACUGAACGAUGACGAUAAAAUUUUUGAAAAAGAUGGAGCUAAAGUAGUUAUUGACAUCACAUCAUUGGAAUUUGUUAAGGGUGCAACGGUGGAUUACCAAGAAGAGCUGAUUCGCGCCUCUUUUAAGAUUGUUAACAAUCCUCUGGCAGAGCAGGGAUGCUCCUGUGGUGCUUCCUUUGCUGUACGUUUGGAUUGAAGGACUACCUCAUGCCACUGUUCCUGUUUUAUUGGGUGGUCUUGCUUGGCAACUACAAUAGUCUCAAUUUGUUUGUGUAUUUGCUUUACAAGGUAUCCACUGAGUUAUUACACUUGAAUGAGAUUUUGCAGUGAGAUACAUUGAUAUCGGCCGCUGCGCAGCGAGCGCGUGUACAAACACAAUUUGUAGAAUACAAUAUUUUAUGUAUAAAUGAUGCAAUAGCAUA